UUGACAGUUAAAACUGGCUUCGUGUCGUGUAUUUAUUUACAUGUAAGAAAACAUAAUUUCUUUGCUUUUAUUGCUCACUUAGUGGUGGAGGGAGUUCGGAGUUGCGUGUAAUAUCAUUGAAAAAUACGUCAACAACUCAGUUCUCUUUUAGAAGUUGGACUGUUGAGUCCCGUGUCGUCUCGAAAUACUAUAUACGUAUCGCCUCUCGUUUUUAGAAAAUUAUAAGUAUAGAUUUUUAGUUUUGUUCCGUAACUAAACAUCAGCAAAAUGAAUCGAAAAUUCGUUAACGUUAUAAUCCUUGGAUUUGGGUUUAUGUUCGUCUUCACGGCUUUCCAAACUAUGGGAAAUAUAGAGAAAACAGUAUUAGAUAGCAUAUCACACGAUGAUCCGGGAUUCACGGGAGAUGGCUACACAUCUUUGGCCAUCAUCUACGCAACGUUGGCCAUUUGCAACUGGAUGGCGCCAUCCAUCAUCACGAUCACAGGACCGAGAGGAGCCAUGUUUAUCGGUGGACUGACGUAUUUGUUUUUCAUCGUGACUUUCUUGUUCCCUCGCACGUGGCUCUUGUACGUGGCGAGCGUGUUGAUCGGCGCGGGCGCAGCCGCUAUAUGGACCGGCCAGGGCAACUACUUGACACUCAACAGCGAUGCCGAUACUAUAUCCAGGAACUCUGGAGUCUUCUGGGCUAUGUUACAGUGCAGCAUGUUUUUCGGAAAUCUUUUCGUAUUCAUUAAGUUCCAAGGCAAGACGCAGAUUGAUGCGGAGACAAGGAAUGUGGUGUUCGGCGCUUUGACGGGAGUCUGCGCUGUCGGUUUAGUUUUCCUCAUGCUCCUAAGACCAGCCAAGCGUAUGCCCAAUAUCGAAGAUGCCAAGGGUGAAAUAGUAACUCACGAAGUGCAAGAAAGUCCCCUCGAUGCAUUCAAAGGCGCCUUGAGGCUGUUCUGCACCCGCGAUAUGUUGUUGCUCAGUGUUACUUUCAUUUAUACUGGUGUAGAACUGUCCUUCUUCAGCGGCGUGUACAGCCCUAGCAUUGGUUUUACACUGUCUAUGGGUGAGAAUGCUAAACAGUUGGUGGGCUUGUCCGGCGUCUUCAUUGGUAUGGGAGAAGUGCUCGGAGGCGCUUUGUUCGGUAUUCUGGGCUCAAAAACAACUCGUUGGGGUCGCGAUCCGAUCGUCAUCAUGGGAUACUUCAUCCAUUUAGGCAGUUUCUUCCUCAUCUUUAUCAAUUUGCCGACUGUCGCACCUUUCGGGGAUACUAACGAAGUUUCCUACAUCACACCUUCACCACAGCUGGCGAUGUUCUGCAGUUUCCUCCUAGGGUUCGGAGACGCGUGCUUCAAUACUCAGAUUUACUCAAUUUUGGGAGGCAACUACUCCGAUAACAGUACCUCAGCUUUUGCACUGUUCAAAUUUACUCAGUCUUUAGCAGCGGCAGCAUGUUUCUUCUAUUCUUCAAAGGCGUUGCUCUCCGUACAGCUGACGAUUCUAGGCAUCCUAGCAACACUAGGUACAGCCAGCUUCUGUCGCGUUGAAUGGGCCGCCAGGGCUCGCGCACGCGCUCUAGCACUCGACGCUGACGACAAGUCCUCGCCAACUACACACGCUCUCGCAGACAACGGACUACACUACGACUGAAUAAACGAUACAGCCAGUGACGGAUUAAACAUGCGCGAGUCGCGAAGCAUAUUUUAAUGGAUGCCCCUCGAUCUUAAAUAAUAAGCCAAGUUAUGGUUAGCUAUGCGGAACCUCAAUUUAUGAGAGGCCGAUAGUUAUUAAGGGCUUUUAAGCGUUACCAGAUGGCGCUAGUGAAGCAUUAGAUCUUGUUCCUCUAAUGAUGGUAGCUGUAAAAAUUCUAUUGAACUAGAUAUCUUUGUUACCACUACUAUCAGUGGGGGCUAAUUCAGGCGCGAUGGCCCUGCAACUACUCUUGCCAAGUGGUUAAUCCGGCACUGGAUAGAGCUUAAUAUUACUGGUUUUAGAUACACAUUUUUAAUUAAUUUGUACGUAAGUUUUGUGUCUAUUAUGGUGGAGUAAAAUACAACUCGAAUGUAGCAUUACAUCCACUUCAUGUAAGUAGAUGUCGCUAAAUUAAAGUUUCGCUGAACUAUGGUCGUU